CUAUAUGCUUGUAGCCAUGCAGGAUUGUUACAAGAAGGAUGGAGUAAUUUUACAACCAUGGUACACAAAUACUUGAUCACCCCAACGAUGGAGCAUUACACGUGCAUGGUUGAUCUCCUUGCUCGAGCUGGGCAUCUCGAGGAGGCUCAUGACUUCAUAGAGAGGAUGCCAAUAAACCCGGAUGCAAAGCUUCUCACAGCAUUUCUCAGCUCAUGUUGUCAUCACAAGAAUGUAGAGCUAGCUAGGACUGUUGGGCAGAAACUACUUCAGUUACAACCUCAGGAAGCAGGAGCCUACAUCUCACUGUCAAACUUUUAUGGACUUGUUGGGGACUUGGAAGGUGUUGCCAAUGUGAGAAGGCUGAUGUUAGAAAGGGGAAUAAGGAAAGAGAAGGCCUGUACUUGGAUUGAAAUUAGCCGAAAAGUUCAUAGCUUUGAAUCAGGAGACAGGUCUCAUCCUGAUUACCUAAAGAUCUGUAAGUACUUGGAAGUUCUUAUUCAGAAAAUGAAGAACAUUGGGUAUGUCCCCGACACAAGUAUGGUGGCCCAAAAUGUGGAUGAGCUAACCAAAGAAGAGAUACUUCUUGGUCACAGUGAGAAGCUGGCCAUUGCACUUGGGCUCAUGAGCACGCAUCCCGGUACAUGCAUCUUGAUAGUUAAGAACCUUAGGGUAUGUGCAGACUGCCAUGUCUUUACAGGGUUGAUCUCAAAGAUUGAAGGGAGGGAGAUAGUUGCAAGAGAUUCCAGCAGGUUUCAUCAUUUCAAAGGAGGAGUAUGCUCUUGUGGAAACUACUGGUGAGGGCCAAAUCAAUAUUAGUGAUUGCAGUAUGAUACAACUGUUGUAUAUUUACAGAGGAGAAUGAUAGAAAAUUUUUUCUAUUCAAUAUCUAUUCGGCUUUCAUGUAGGCACACUUCAGUUUUUUACUAUUUAGAAAUAAAAUAUAUUCUUAUUUUUUCAA